AUGCAAACGCACAGCAAACCGUGUGUCUCCACACUUGCCACUUUAUCUGGACUCCAAGAGUGGGCAGACCUCUCAGAUGGUUUGUUGCACACUAUUCUUCCUCUCUUAGGCUCUGUAUGUGAUCUUCUUGCCUUUUCUGCAACAUGCCGCUCUUGGCGUGUUGCAUUCUUGUCAUACCCAUCCAAAUCUACCCUCUGCACCCUGGUCCCCCCUCUCCUCAUCCAAACCAACAUCCGUGUUGAUGCUCCUCAUGUUCCAUCUAACGAUAUUCAUUGCAAGUUGUGCACCUGUAAGGUCAUUGACCCAUCCAACCAAAACAUCACUCUUCGCUGCCAGAUUGAUGAAGAAAUUCUACAAAAGAUGUAUUGUGUUGGCCCUUCCUAUGGUAAUCUCAUCUUCUUUUGCUCCCGUGGAUAUUGUCUUGUUGUUGACCCUUUCAGUGGUUCCAAAGUUUCACCCCCACGUCUUCCAAUCAGUGGUUGUGAGCGGGUUAGUCCUACCAAAAUACAUGCUCAACAUUCAGAGAUUGCGGAGUUAUACUUCUUCGGUGUUCUAAUAGCUCCCAUUACAUCACCCAAUUCACAUCUCCUUGUGGGCACUCGAUUCUCUCUAUUUGAUUGGCCAGUUGGAAGCAACUCUUGGUCAGAACUCAAACUUCCUUCUGGUGCACAGAUAACUCAAAUCGUGGAAUUCAAGGGUCAGUUUAUUGCCAUGGAUUAUCAUAGAAGGAUCUACUCUUUCGAGUUAGCGCCCCAGCUUGGCCUACAAGAGAUAAUAACUGAGUGGUCUCCCCACUCGAUCAGAACCCCAUACCAAACAUCAUGGCUAGUGGUUUGUGGUGACAUGCUCCUCAUGUUCAUCACGGUUGACCAUUGGAGCAGACGUAUUAAGGAUGGUGGUAUUUUGAAAAAGGUUUGUACACUUCACCUCGACAUGUCAAGCAAACCUGCAAAAUGGGUUGUCAAGAAAAAAUUGGGCAGCUGGGCAGUCUUUGCAGGAUGUGAUACGAAGAACAUGCCAUUAUCUAAUAUGAACCCAGAACGAUGGGGAGGGAGGAGCAAUUCAUUGUAUUACGCCGAGAGUUCUCCACCUUGGAGAGUACACGAGCUGGACAGCGCACAUGGUCCUUGGGACGCUUCCAUGAGGCAGUGCGUAAUAUAUUGGGGCCACUACAUGAAGCCCCUCUGGGUGUAUCCAAGCAUGCUCUAUUCAGAUGGGGCCAGUGAUCAUCGUGUGGAACGACAGCUUUUGUUAUCCUUUUGCAACCUGGAUAGAUCAGGGUAA